AUGAUAAAGCUUGUUGGUCUACUUCUGUACCUGAUAAAACCAGCCACGGCAGGGUGUGAAGCCAUGAGUUGUGGCCGCGUCACAAACAUUAGCCAUCCCUUCUGGCUCCGUGACCCACGGCAACCUCCCUGUGGUGGACUUUCUUCGUUUGAGCUCUCCUGCGAGGAUGGUCUUCCCAUUCUGGUGAGUUCUUACAACAGUUCCUACUACCGUCACGACAUCUUCUACGGGAACAAAUCCUUUUGGGUUAGGAACAAAAAUUUCAACGAUGAAGGCUGCGCUAUUCCCAAUUACGACAUACGGGUGGACCUCCCCGGUUUCUUCAGAGUUAGCGCGGUGAACACAGAGCUCCGCAUCUUCUACAAUUGCUGGGCGCCGCCGCCCAUUUAUACCACAAGAAUAGACUGUGCUCCUAACGCCACCUUUGCGCUUGUCGGUGGACGCUAUGGUGACAACUCGACGUCACCGCCGUCACCACCGAACCGAUGCAACACGUCAAGGGCACCGGUUUUGUUGCGAGACGGAGGAAGAGAAAGGAGUAGCACAGAAGACAUCGAGCGUCUCUUGAAGAAUGGAUUUCUGGUGGUGUGGGGAGAAGCCGAUGCUUGCUGGGAAUGCAGACUUAGCAACGGACGGUGCAGUCAUGACGAUACAUCGGCGUCAUUCGUGUGUAUCUGCCCGGACGGACGGCACAGUCCCAGGAAUUGCAGAAAGGGCCAUUUCGCAAAGAGUAUUGCAAUAGGUAAGAAACUCUCAUGGGUUUUCAUCCUUCUUUCGCCAUGCAUUCACGCAUCGUUUGCCCUCCUCCACGUUCCAGGUUCGAUGGCAGGAGUCGUGGGUCUCCUGCUGGCCUUCGCUGCAAUAUUCAUCUACGUGCGGAAAAGGCCCAACCCCUGGCUCAGAUCAAGAAACACACGCGAGGGACACGGACAUGAUUUCCUGGAGAAGUACGAAUCCCUGGUCCCCCAGGGAUACAAGUAUCGGUAUCUAAAGAAGAUAACCAAAUCCUUUGGUGAGAAGCUCGUGCAAGGUGGAUUCGGAAGCGUGUUCAAAGGUAACUUGAAGACAGUCGUCUGGUUGCUGUCAAGAUCUUGA